AUGGGCAAAAAACAAGAAGCUGCCAAUGUCGCAGUGGACAUAGAAAAAGGGUCGAUUGAAUCAACUUCAGUUUCGUUAGCAGAAGAAGCAAAUAAUGGAUUUCAUUCAGGCGGUUUAGAUGUCGAGACAUAUGGACAAACACAAAGAAAAAUAACUCCCCGUCAUAUGAGUUUGAUGAUCAUUGGUCAAUCCAUUGGCAGUGGACUUUUCGUUGGUGUGAGGUCGCCUUUGAAUACAAGCGGUUCAUUGUCCUUUUUCUUGGCAUUUAGUGUAUGGGCAAUAUUGGUGAUUUACCCAUUGAUGCAAUGCGUUGGUGUGAUGUGUACCUAUUUGCCCAUCAAGGGUUCCUUCAUUCAUUUCAGUGCCAGGUAUGUUGAUCCAGCGUUGGGCUUUGCUGCUAGUAUUAUAUACAUAUAUACGGCAAUGAUGUUUGUUUGUCUUGAAGCGACAGCAGUGGCUCAAGUUAUAAGCUAUUGGACUGACGUGAAUGCAGGAGUAUGGAUAACCAUUGCCAUAGUUGCUUAUGUAUGCAUUGGGUUAGUGGGAGCUAAUGUUUAUGGCGAAAUUGAGUUUUUUGCAUCAUUAUUGAAAGUGUUUUUGAUUUUAGGAUUGAUGCUCUUUUCACUUGUUUCUAUGUGUGGGGGUAAUCCACAUCACGAUGCGUAUGGAUUCCAGCAUUGGCGAGAAGGUGGGUUGUUUAGAUCUUAUUUGGUUAGUGGUGGUACAGGUAAGUUUCUAGGAUGGUGGAAUGCAUUAUUGUGGGCUGCUUUUGCUGCUGGGGGACCAGAUACUUUGGCAUUGAUAUCUGGUGAAGUAAAACAACCAAGAAAAACCAUAAGCUCAGCAGCCAGAAGAACUUAUAUUCGAAUUUACUUGUUUUAUAUCGGAGGCAUUUUCUUUUUGAAUUGUUUAAUUUCAUCAGUUAAUCCAAAGCUUGUUAAACUGUUGACCACAGGAGCACAAUCCUCAGCUGGAUCACCUUGGGUUAUUGGUAUUGAACAAGUUGGGGUUAAGGGGUUAGCAUCAUUAAUUAAUGCUGCCAUCCUUAGUUCAGCUUUCUCUUGUGGCAAUGCCUUCUUCUACUGUUCUACAAGAUCAAUUUACAGUGCUGCAUUGGCUGGUUACCUCCCCAAAGUUUUUGUUAAGUGUUUAAAAAAUGGAUCACCAGUCUAUUGUGUUGGUUUAACUUUUGUCGUGUCAUUGUUGGCAUAUUUGAAUGUGAGUGAAGCUGCAACUAAUGUGUUUAAUUGGUUUGUUAACUUAGCAACCACUGGAUUAUUGUUGGCAUAUAUAUGCAUGUGGUGGUCAUAUUUCCAAUUUCGCAAAGCAUGGGAGUAUCAGAACAGUAGCAAAAUGAAAAAACCUCAAUACCCGUACUAUUUGUUUGCUCAGUGGUUGCAUCCAAUAAUAACUUAUUCCGGGUUUGCAUUAACAAUCUUGGUACUAUUUUUUAACGGAUUUUGGAUCUUUUUCCCACACCAGUUUUCAGUGGCUAACUUAUUUACCAGUUAUUUUGCGCCCGUGUUUUUCAUUUGCUUAUUCGUGUUUUGGAAAUUGUUUAAAAAGACUAAAUUUGUAUCUAAAGAAACGGCGGAUAUAACAACAGGCAAACAGGAGAUUGAUGAAGAAGAAGAAGUGGAAGAAUUGGAGUAUCAAGGAAAACAAGCUCAAUAUGAAAAAGCAGCAGGGUAUAAAAGAACGUGGCGAAAGAUAUGUAACUUUUGUUUUACUUGA